CUACAGCUUUGUCAAAAUGAAGGUUAAUUUGCAUAUUUUACCACAAGUGGGUUGAAGUGUCGUGUUGCUGGGGGUGUCGGUGGGAUAUAUAUAUAAGGGGACCCGCUGGGUAGAAGCCGCUAUCCUUCAACUCUGUGCAGGAACACUGACGCCUUCAACAUGAAAUUCCUUCUCGUCGUUGCUUUCAUCGGCUUUGCCGCUGCCGACAAGGGCUACAGCAACUGCUACCAAUGUGAAUACAACACCAGGGAUUCCAAUGCCGGGUUUGGUGCCUGCGCUGCCCCAAGUGAAGCCAGCGGUGUCGAUGUCUGGGAAUGUCCCUCGGGCACCUGUUACAGCCGUUACAACCCACUCACAGGAUUCGUGAUCCGUGGAUGUCUUGCCGGCGAGACCAACGUCGUCCCAGUCAUCAACGGCUGCACCAGAAAUGCUAAUGGCGAAGUCGUCUGCUCCUGCGCCGCCGGUCCAGUCCCAUGUAACGAUGACAACAUGGCCCCAUACUACGGUGAAAAAUACAGCUCUGGCUACGACGGUUACGGUAAAGGCUACGGUUACGGUCGUCCCUCUGGUUACGGCGGUAGCUAUGGCUACGGUCGUCCCUAUGGCUACGGUCGUCCCUAUGGCUAUGGAGGCCCUUACGGUUACGGCAAAAAGGUUUAUUAAGUUCACUGAUAACAGGGUUCUCAUUAGCUUUCGGGUGUAAUAUGUUGUAGGAUCACUCCUAUAUCUGGUUUACAAAAAUAAAGUUGAAAUCUCAGCUA